UCAUGGGAGAUGCGGGCCUCUAGGAAUCAUGGGAGUUGUAGGAAAACUAUCUUGAGCUUUUUCCUAGGUAAUGGCUGCCUGACGUUUGAGACUUACAGAUACUGAAGAGACACUAACCAGAUGCUCACCAGUGACAUGGGCUUUGCCUUCUUGACAUAGCUGUUUGAAAAACUGAACACUGCAGCCUCACAACGCUUUUGUGUCCAACUAUGGCAGCAAGUAGCGGAGAAAGUCAGCUGCAGAGGAUUAUCCGAGAUUUGCAGGAUGCUGUGACAGAACUGAGCAAAGAAUUUUCAGAAGCAGGAGAACCAAUCACAGAUGACUGUAUCAACCUGCAUAAGUUUUCCUACAAGCUCGAGUAUCUUUUGCAGUUUGACCAGAAGGAAAAGUCCACCUUACUGGGAAACAGGAAAGACUACUGGGAUUAUUUCUGUGACUGCCUGGCAAAGGUUAAAGGAGCAAAUGAUGGAAUACGCUUUGUCAAGUCUAUUUCAGAACUAAGAACAUCCCUUGGCAAAGGAAGGGCAUUCAUACGUUACUCCUUAAUGCACCAAAGGCUUGCAGACACUUUGCAACAAUGCUUCAUGAAUACCAAAGUAACAAGUGACUGGUACUAUGCAAGAAGUCCUUUCCUGAAUGCUAAACUGAGUUCUGACAUUGUUGGGCAACUGUAUGAACUAACUGAAGUUCAGUUUGACCUGGCAUCUAGAGGCUAUGACUUAGACACCGCAUGGCCCACCUUUGCCAGGAGAACUUUGUCUUCAUAUGGCUCCUCAGCUUAUCUGUGGAAGCCUCCAAGCCGCAGUUCAAGUAUGAGUAGUUUGGUGAGCAGCUACUUGCAGACCCAAGAGAUGCCUUCCAGUCCCAAUGGGAAUAACUGUUUAAACACAGAACCCCUUGAGGGCCUUGAUGAGAUGCGUGCAGAGCUUGACCAGGCAGAGAUGCAACAGAAAGAACUUCGGGAUCGGAUACAGCAUCUGGAGAAGGAAAACUGGGGGCUCCAGGCAGCCAUCAGCCUUGAGAAAGGGCAAGCACAGGCUGAAAGAGAGAAGAGCAGCAAUCUCAGCGAGGAAAACUUCAGGCUGACAAAAAUGCUGGGAGAGCUUGAGAAACAACACGAGAUUUCUCACUGCACUCAGGACACUGUUCAAGACCUGCAGAAGUGCUUGCAGGCCUUAGAACUGAACUCCCAGGAAAAGCAGAAGGAAUACUCCACAAGACUUGAGGACCUGCUGUCCAGUAAAAAGGACUCUGACUCCAAGUUGCUUCUCUUGAAUGAAGAGCUGGAGAGCGUCAGGACUCUUGUGGGCACCAAGGUCACCUGCAUCGAGGAGCUGACUGCCAAACUGAAGAUAGCAGAACAGAAGAAUGAAGAGCUUGUUUCCCAAACCAGAGCAUUUCUGGAUGAAAGAGGACAUCAAGCUGCCUGUCAAGAUGAGUCUGCACUGAUGAUUGAGGAGUUACUUGGCAAGCUCCACAAAGCAGAAAAGGAUAAAGCUGAUGUUCAGAAGUUGCAUGAUGAACACCUUGCUCAGCUCAAAAUCAUGGAGGAGCAACUGAACCUGAAAGAGCAGGCACAGAAGGAGCUUGAGUCUAAAUUGAAGAGCCUCCCUGCCAGCUCUGAAGAAGGAUCUGGAAAACUUCAAAGCACGUUGGGAACAAUGGCAAGGAACACGGCUGACCUUGAGAAGGAGCUGGCAGCAAAAGGCACUGAGGUAGCCAACCUUCAGAUCAAAUUGGAAGAUUCAUUGGCUCAUGUCAGGUCCUUGGAAAAGCAUCUUGAGGAGGAAAGGAAAGAGAGAGAGAGGCUUGAGGAGGAGUUCAGCUAUAGGAGAACAACAAUGGAGCAGGAAGCAAAGAACUUGACAGAACAACUUGCAUUGCUGGGAAAUCGGCUAUCCAAACUAACUGAACAGGUGGCAAGUUUAGAAGAGGAAAAGAGAGAGCUUGUUUCUGACAGAGACUAUCUCAUCAAAUCAGUAGAAAGCCUGGAGCAGAAGGAGAGGCAGCAAAAUUCCUCAUGGACCGAUGUCUGUGAGGAAAACAAGAAGCUGAAACUAACCAAUCAGAACUUAGAGGACAGACAAAGGGAGAUGGACACGUCAAAAUCUUCUUUAGAGGCUGAGUUUGCCAAGCUGACAGCUUUUGAGAAAGAGCUCCGAGGUGAGAUGUUUGAUGCCGUGCUGGAAGUCGAUGAAAGGGAAAAGAAAGUCCGAGAACGGAACCAGCAGCUUGCUGAAAACCUGCAGAAUGCCAUCAAGCAAAACCAAACUCUACAAGACAAGCUGCACAACAUGGAGUCCGAUUACCAAGAUCUGAUACGGAGAGAAAAAACAAUCAAGAAGACUUUGGCUGUGCUGCAAGCAGAGCAAGAGAACACAAAAGAGCAAGGCCUGAAAAUGGAAAAAGGCUUGGCCUCUUUGAAACAGUAUAAGGAAUCACUGCGGCUACAGCUGAAGGAGAAGGAUAAUGCUUUACAAGCCUUGGAGAGCCAGCUCAAGCAGCUACAAGAAGAGGUGGAGAGCUACAGGAAAAAAGCAGAAGGCCUUGAGGCAGAAAAGGCAGAUGUGGAAAAAACUGUCCCUCAGACACAGGCGACUGACUCUGCCAUUUCUCUGAAGGCUGCUGUAGAAAAAGCCCAGCUGGAAGGAGUAGCCUGUGAGGAGAAAGAAUCCAAAGAACUGGCCCUGAGGCUGGCUCUUUCUGAGGAGCAGCUGUGCAUCAACCAGGAAGAGGUGUUGAGGCUCCAUGCUGAACGUGCAGACCUUCAUGCCAAGCUUCAACAAGUGACUGCAGAGAAGCAGACACUGCAAGGCAGACUGGAUGUUGGAGAGACUCUUCUCAAUGAGCAAAAGGCACUGGUCCAGCAGCUGAAAGAGCAAAACGAACUGCUGAACAGAACCCAGGUGCAGGAGCUGCUGGACUGCCGAAAUCAAGAGGAAACACUGAAAGACAAGAGGGACAAGGAAGUCCAUCACAAGGCCGAGCUGGAGAGGAACCUUCUGGGCCUCACUGAGGAACUGUCCAAGGCCAAGCAGUGUUUGGAAGCGGUUAGCGCAGAGAACAUGGAAAUCAAAGAGGUUCUCUACAGGACCAACACUGAGAUGGCUGAACUUGGCAUCCAGAUCUGCACGCUGACAUCUGAAAAGUCAGAAGCAGAAGAGAAGCUGUCCCAGGUCACAGGAAAGCUUCAGGCCGCUGAAGCGACAGCAGCCAGGGAACAAGAGGCCCUGCAGCUUGACCUCUCGAGGCUCAGCCAGGAGAACCGAGAACUCCAAGAGAAACUCAAGGAAUUGAAGAGUUGUGUGGCAGCUGUACCUGGCCUGCAAACUCAGCUGGAGAUGGCUGAGCGACAGGCCCAGAGUUUGCAAGAGACCAGGAAAGAGGAGCUUUCGGCAGUGAAAUUCCAGCUGAGCACAGAAAUUAUUAACUACCAGAUAAAAUUUAAAGCCAUCACUGAAGAAUGUGAAAAAUUAAAGCAGCAAGUUGAAGAGCCCAGUCGGCGAGCAGACGCAGCAGAAGAGGCACUCAGAGAGUUGCAGGCUGUCAAAAGAGAGCUAAGCCAUGAACUAGACCUUGCCAUGGAUCAAGUGACCGAGUAUAAAACUGCCAAGCAAAAAAAAGAAGAGGAGGUAGAACAAUUGAAAGCAGACCUGGAAAGGACACAGAAGGAAGUUAACAAGGCGAAUGAACAGAUUCAGGAUUACUAUGAGAAACUUGACAAAAUGAGGUCAGAACGGGACAGCAAUGACCAGAAGCUGAUGGCUGAAUUAGAUGACCUUACUAGAACAAAGCAGUUCCUUGAAGAACGAUUAAUUGAACUUCUCAGGGACAAAGAUGCCCUUUGGCAGAAGUCAGAUGCUCUGGAAUUCCAGCAGAAGCUGACCGCAGAGCAAAGGUGGCUGGGGGAUGCAGAGGUCAGCUGCUGUCAAGACUGUCAGAAGGACUUUGGCUGGAUGAAUCGCCGACACCACUGCAGGCUUUGUGGACGUAUUUUCUGUUACUACUGCUGCAACCACUAUGCCCUGUCCAAACACACUGGCAAGAAGGAGCGCUGCUGCCGAGCUUGCUUUAAGAAAUCAAAUGCUGCCUCCAGUGACUCCGGAUCAAACACUAGCCAAGAAGAACCACUGAGUUUGUUCGCCUCACCGUUGUCUCUGGUUCGUAAAGUUAUGGUUACAACUGAAACUUCUAAGCCCACAGAUGAGGCCCCAUUUGAUAUAAUCACUGACGAGGAAGUGGGCCAAUUACAGGAUGAGGACUCUGUCCAUAAUGAAAGCCAAACAGAAGAAGAAUCCCUGGACCGAAGCAUGACUGAUCUCAACAGCACCUAUAAUUCCUCUACCUUCGAUGAAUCUGAAGAACCACAAAUGGCCCAAGAUGCAGAGAUCUGCUUGCUGAAGUCAGGGGAACUGAUGAUAAAGCUGCCCCUCACUGUGGAAGAGAUUUUAAAUUUUGGAGAAGCUAACCGAGAGUUGUUCAUUAAAUCAAACACCUACAGCAUUAUUCCCAUCACAGUGGAAGAACCUGGCCUUACAAUAAGUUGGGUGUUUUCAUCUGAGCCAAAGAGUAUAUCAUUCAGUGUGGUGUACCAAGAGUCAGAAGAAGCCCCACUGGAUCAGUGUAAAGUUCUUAUCCCUAUGACCCGCUGCAACUCUCACAAGGAAACCAUCAGAGGGAAGGUGAAAGUCAGAAACUCUGGGAUCUACAUGCUUAUAUUUGACAACACUUUCUCCAGAUUUAUCUCCAAAAAAGUCUUUUACCACUUAACACUUCAACGCCCAGUGAUUUAUGAUGGAAGUGAUUUUCCAUAGCCUUGGAUAUAUGCAAUAUUUAUAUACAGUCUCUAUGUUCAAAUUUUAUUUUUAAGAAACGCUAUUUAUAUACAUAUAUAUAUAUAUAUCUGAGCAGUAAGAACACAGAUGUGUUUGAAACCCUGCUACAUCUAUGCAAUAAUGCUAAACCUGCACUUUCAUGUUGGUACAUAUAUAAAGGAAAAUAUCUUUUUUACUAACACUAA